AUGGUGACAGAUGGUGAUGAUGAUCAACGCUCCGAGGAGGGUUUCAGAGGUGAGAAGAGAUGUCUUGAACUUCUGGCGACGUCGCUUGGCUCUUACGGUGAGGAAGAAACAAGAAGUGUACGAGUAAGAGACGAAGAGGAUAGUGUAUCUACGAAGCUUGGCAGGCGAAAGAUUGAUGAUGAAUGCAAGAAUCAACAAAACCAUACUACUUACCGUCAUGAUUAUGCUUCUUCUUCUUCUUCUUCUUCCUGGAGUUUGUCCUCCGUGGAGUCCAAGAAGCGUCGUGUAGUGUCCCAAGAACCCAUCAACGCAGAGCCUCUUAGGGAAGUUAAGCCUUCGGUCAGAGGAAAAAAGCCGGUCAAAAGAGAGAGAGGGGUUACACCGGAAUGGCUGGAUAAUCUGAUGAUAACAGAAAAGGGUGUGGACGCGAAGCUGGUGAUUGAUAAGAUGAUUCAGACGAGUGAUGUCAACCCAAACCAAGGACGUCUCUUGAUUCCCUUUAACCAGAUAGUGGAGAUGGACUUCUUGAACGAGGCAGAGUUGCACCUCAUAGAUGAACAUCAAAGAGAUAAUAGUAGUAACAAAGGUGUUGCUGUGAUCAUGGUCGCAUCGGAUGGUAGAAAACGGAAUGCUAAACUAAGGAGAUGGAAUAUGAACUGUCCCAAUUACGCCUUAUGUUCUGGAUGGAACGUCGUCGUCCGCGAGAACAACCUCAAGGACAAGGUAGGGCAGAUAUUUCGACUAUGGUCAUUCCACUCCCAAGAUGGGAAGAAGCUCUAUCUUGCCUUCUUUCAUCAGCCUCCAGCUCUGGAUAUGGCUCAACCUCAAGCUCAAGAUCAACAUCUAGAUCAGGCUAUGCAUGCAGAUUCAUCUUCAUCCAUGACUCCUCUUGACGCUGAACAAGAGAGGCGUGAUAGGAGGACUUCACUUGAAUCAGUCAUAGAGACCACGACAACGGCAGAUCUCGAGCUCCGGCUAGGGCCGUCUGUGGACCUAAAUAUACCAUUGGCUCCAGUGCCCACGGAGAUGGCUGCUCUCGAAGCUGUACAAGAGACCUCACUGGAAUCAGUCACAGAGACGACGACGACGGUGGACCUCGAGCUCAGGCUGUGGUUUUAA